AAGCCCAAAUAAUCUUGUGCGCAGAACCAAGCAGCGACAGAAUUCCCUCGCAGCCGUCGCCUAUAAAUAGACCUCAGUGUGCUGCAGCCUGACACCUGUCCCUCACCAUCAGCUCCAGGGACGUCAACAACACGACAAGAGAGACGUGCAGACACCUCGCAGCGAGCUGCAAGUUAAAACUGAGAGAGACCAGCCUCCAGCGAGCAAACAAGAAAUGUGUGCAAGAAUCUGCAGGGCAGCAGACUGGUAACCGACAUCACACAGCGCAGACUUGUAAACACGGAGUGCUUUUCAAUACAAAGUGUGUUUCCCUGAAUGAGUGACUGACUGAGCGUCUGGCAGCCUUGGUAAUCCGUGAAGGGCACACACAUGGCCCACCGUGUGAACAGCCACCAGAGCCCUCUGCCAGUGGCCCAGGACACUGUGCUGGCUCUGCCACAGCCCAGCCAGGAACAGGACCUGAGGCCCCGAUGCACGGCGCUGGACUCCCUGCUAUGUGGGGCGUUUGCUGGAGCUGUAGCCAAAACAGUCAUUGCACCUCUGGAUCGGACCAAGAUCAUUUUCCAAGUGUCUUCAAAAAGAUUCUCAGCUAAGGAGGCCUUCAGACUCAUCUACUGCACUUACAUGAAGGAUGGGGUGCUCAGUCUGUGGAGGGGCAAUUCUGCCACCAUGAUGAGGGUCAUGCCCUACGCUGCCAUCCAGUUCUGCUCACACGACCAGUACAAACAUCUACUGGGGAGCUACUACGGCUACCAGGGCAAAGCUCUGCCUCCUUUCCCACGCUUCCUGGCUGGCUCUCUGGCCGGCACCACUGCUGCUAUGCUUACCUACCCUCUGGACAUGGUGCGAGCCAGGAUGGCAGUCACAGCCAGAGAAAUGUACAGCAACAUCAUGCACGUCUUUGUGCGGAUCUCCCAAGAGGAAGGUGUGAGGACCCUUUACAGAGGCUUCACUCCGACUAUCAUGGGCAUCAUUCCGUACGCAGGGAUCACAUUCUUCACUUAUGAAACUCUCAAGAAGCUUCACGCAGAAAAAACAAAGCGAUCCCAGCCAUACCCCUACGAGCGCUUGGCUUUCGGUGCCUGCGCUGGCCUGAUCGGACAAUCUGCCUCGUACCCUCUGGACGUGGUGCGUCGGCGCAUGCAGACAGCCGGCGUCACCGGCUCAUCGUACCAUACAACUCUGGGGACCAUGCGGGACAUCGUAACGCAGGAGGGAGUGAUACGUGGACUUUACAAAGGCCUGAGCAUGAACUGGGUCAAAGGGCCCAUCGCCGUGGGGAUCAGCCUCAGCACGUUUGACAUCACACAAAACCUCCUGAUCAAAUUGCAUCAGAUGGGCUACUUCGCUCAUUGAGUCAUUUGAGAGUGACGGAGCGACAACGUAAAGCACAGACUGACGUGAGGGAGGUGGCUAACUCUUUCACAUGGCAAUAAUAUCUGUCUGCACUCGGUCGGCGCAGGGCCGUCCUGCUGCACACAUCUGUUCCCUUCACACAGGAUGUCAGAGGAGGGGAUGAGUGGACAGAUCUGAAACACACUUUGCUAAACGCACAGUCAGGAUUCACUGACACAGAGAGGAGACUUGUCUCGAGAAGUGUCUUUAAACAUUUGUUCACACAGUCACGGUUUAGUUCUCAAAUCAUGUUGCCGUCAGGGCGGUUAGAGUGAUUGUGAUGAUGAUAUGGAGCACUUUGUGCUGUGUAAAUAAGAUAACGCUCGCACUUUAUCAGACCUACAUGCUCUUUCAAAUGGAUCUUGUGUUAACACUUGUGUUUGCUUUUAAUGAGUUUUAUCGCUUUUAAUUUGAGCGAAUUUUUAUUUUUGUUUUAACCACAUUGCUUUGCUUUUUUUUGGGGUUUUGGAUCAUUUCAAGUACCCUUAUCGUGCUGGGGUAUGAUCUGUAAUGAUUAUGUUUUGUCUCAAAUUUCAGUCUAAUGAUUUUGCCACUGUAGGUUGAACUGAAAUCAAUGGAGCGAAUGAUUGUAGGAGGGUGAUCAUGUCAGCAGGACUGCACAGUUUCACUGUCCAUCCAGCACAGACGAGGUGUCGUAUAGUAUUCAAAUGCCGAACAAGUGGAGGCUAAUCAAAUAUAUGAGAAAUAAAUAUAUAUAUCUAACAGAUUUUCAUAUAUGUGCAUAUUACUAAGAUGUGAUUUUGGUGGUGUGCUCACAUAGCUAGACUCCAUCGUCGCUUUGACUUGGGUGUGAGGCACCUGAAAAAUCUAAAUCUGCCACAGCACUAAACUCAAUAGUCAAAAGUUUCAUGUGAACAAGGAGUAAUUAUACUUUCACUACUAAUGUGCAUUUCAGAGGUACAGUAUUCCCAAAGAUGUACGUUUACAACUUUAAAGUUGAACUGAACCUUCAAUAAAGUGUCCAUCCACAACUGUGA